GUUCUGAUCAAACAUUCUACCAAGUGCGAAUUUAACAACACAGCGAGCGAAAGAAAAUAUGAGUCACGAAGAGAAUAUGAUGCAAGAGUUAGAUGAUUCUAACGAUGAAUGGGUGAAAGAACUUGAAGAAGUUCUCGAGGAUAACGAGGAAUCGAAAUCCACAGGGAGGAGAUUAGUUAAAAAGUCGAUUUCUGUUCCUGAAUUGGUAGACGAAGUUGAAGAAGAUCUUAACGAUUUUAUGGAGCCUGAGGAUGACUUUAGUGACAAAGUAGGGAAGAAGAGACAGAGGAAGAAAAAUGAGUCUGUUCUUGAGAAGACGAAGAAGAAGCAAAAUUCCGCAGAGAUUCAAGAGAUGUGGGAUUCAAUUACGAACGACAAGAACUCCAAGGAUGGUGAUAAAGUCGUAGUAAAACGUCCUAAGAAAAAAGAUGAGGAUGCUGAGGAGAUAGCCAAAUUGUUCAGUCUUAGGAAAAAGAAGAGCAAGGGGGAGAAAAACGCAAUGGAGAUUGCGAUGCAAGUAGAACAAGUGAUGGCGAAUCUUGAAAUCGCUGUAGAAGACGACGUAAUUCUAAACAGAGAAGGAAAACCCGCCAUUAAUAAGCUCAUGAAGUUACCUCUUCUCAAUGAAACUCUCUCCAAGAAACCUCUUCAAGCUGAGUUCUUAGAUCAUGGAGUACUUAACCUUCUCAAGAAUUGGCUCGAGCCGCUUCCUGAUGGUAGCUUACCGAAUAUAAACAUCCGCACUGCCGUUUUGAUGAUUCUCAACGAUUUUCGUAUCGACCUAGAUCAAGACUGUAGAAAAGAACAGUUGAUCAAGAGCGGUCUCGGGAAGGUCAUAAUGUUCUUAUCAAAAUCAGAUGAAGAAACCACAGCUAAUAGGAGACUCGCUAAUGAUUUAAUCAACAAAUGGGGCCGUAUCAUUUAUAAUAAGAGCACAAGAUAUGAUAAGAUGUUUAGUCAGGAGGAACUUGAAGAGCAACGGCAAAUCCUAUUAAGAAGACAGACCAAAACAGCUCCUAAGGUGUCUGAAACAAAAGCUCGAAACUUUGAUACAGAUCUUGACCUUUAUGUGAAACCAAUAUCCAAGCUAGGACCUUGGACAGGAAGAGCAAGAGCGAAAAUACCAACAGCAUUAUCGAUGGACUUUAAGAUCCGUCCUCCACCGAAGGUUGACAAAGACCCUGAAGCUUGUUCCAAGUGGCAAAUGGACAAAAGACAUAAAAACCUAACCAAAAAACAGAAGCAGCGAAAGAUCAUCAGGAAAGAGGGCAUGCAAGCAUUCAAGCUUAGUGUAGACGGACGCACUAUGCUCAAGUACUUGUAGAGAUCAUUACCAGAGAUGUUUUGGACAGAUCAAAUGCAAAAUCCAUGGGGAAUUUCCUCACCCAUUGUGUUUAGU